AUGAAUCUAAAGAAGUCUCGGAGUCUCAAUGGACUCGGAAAACAUGAUGCUGAGUCCAGACGGAAGAGGAAGACGGCGGAGAUCACGCAGGCCCUGAACACGACGCCCGUGGAUGUGGCCGCUCUGAGACGCAUGGCCAUCAGUGAAGGAGGACUGCUGAGCGACGAGAUCCGCCGGCUGGUGUGGCCCAGACUGCUCAACGUGUCUGUAGAAAACCUCCCUGAACAGCUGGAGCCGGUUGAUCGAGACAAUAACAAGGACUUCAACCAAGUGCUUCUAGAUGUUCAGAGAUCCCUGAGACGCUUCCCUCCAGGGAUGCCAGACGAGCAGCGGGAAGGCCUUCAGGAAGAGCUGAUCGAUAUUAUUCUGCGGGUGCUGGUGAAAAACCCACAGCUGCACUAUUAUCAGGGAUACCAUGACAUCGUGGUGACCUUCCUGCUGGUGCUGGGGGAACGACUGGCCACUGCCCUGGUGGAGAAACUCUCCACUCACCACCUCAGGGACUUUAUGGACCCCACUAUGGACAACACCAAACACAUCCUGAACUACCUGAUGCCCAUAAUCAAGCGGGUCAACCCUGAAGUGUACGACUGGAUGCAGCAAGCCGAGGUCGGCACCAUUUUCGCUCUCAGCUGGCUCAUCACCUGGUUCGGACACGUGCUGUCAGAUUUCCGGCAUGUGGUUCGGUUGUACGACUUCUUCCUGGCCUGCCAUCCCCUCAUGCCCAUCUACUUUGCUGCUGUGAUCGUGUUGCAUCGAGAGGACGAGGUGUUGGACUGUGAGUGUGACAUGGCCAUGAUGCACCAUCUGCUGUCCCGUAUCCCUGAGGACCUGCCGUACGAGACGCUGAUCAGCCGCGCAGGAGACCUGUUCGUUCAGUUCCCCCCGUCCGAGCUGGCCAGAGAGCGCAGUCACCUGACGGCGGUCUCCUCCUUCAAAGACUUGGAGUUGGCGUCGACGCAGCAGCGUCCGGACACAGUGCAUCGACGGAGACGGAAAGAGCAGCAGAAGCAGCAGCAGCGCCCCCUGGAGGCCCAGCGAGGGAGCGUGGCAGUCGUCCGGCCCACGGCGCGCCGCUUCAUGCGGCUGGCGGUCAUGGGAUUGACCGUGGCGUUAGGGGCGGCCGCUUUAGCCGUGGUAAACUCUGCCCUGGAAUGGGCUCCUAAACUAGACUUACUCUUCCCGUGAAGGAGCCAAAACACAGCGCUGAAUAUUUGUUACUCUGUAACCAAGUAUUUAUACUGGUUAGACUAAUACAUGUGUUCAUAGUUAUUAUAAUUAAACAAGCCUUUUCCCAUUGAAUGAUGUGCUGAGUCUGAAAUAUUCAGUAAAGCAGAGCGAUCACUUCCUCCAGCAGAUGAAGAAACAGUUUCCUGGAUCUACUGAGGACAAGCAACACAAUCCUGGGGUGGGAUUGGAUGUACAGUGGCUCUAUGUAUACUCCACAUCUCAUAUAUGAAACACAAUCUGAGCAAGUUUUUGUGUAAAUGGAUUUUUCACCAAUGGAUCGUCUGCAGUGAAUGGGUGCCGUCAGAAUAAGAGUCCAAACAGCUGAUCAAAACAUCACAAUAAUCCACACCUAAUCCAGUCCAUCAGUUAAUGUCUUCUGAAGUGAAAAAGUGUCAUGUUUAAAAGAAAGAAAUCUAUCAUUAAGAGAUUUAUAAACUUUAAAAUACAUGUUCUCUAUCCAUAUUAUUGCUUUCUCAGGUGUAAAUAUUGUCUCGUCUGAAUCAGGAGCAUAAUAUGGAAAAAUGUCUCUAAACAAAUAUAUUGGUAGAUUUUGAUGUGGGGGGGCAGAAGGAGACGCAAAAAGUUAAAAGUUAAA